AAACACUAGAUGAACUACAAGAAAUGGUUGUUAACCUAUUGUCUGAUGUAGAAAAUAAAAAUUGUUCAAUCCCAGAAUGGCUUGAUCCUCCAUUCAAAGAUCAAAAUCUCAGGUUACGAUGCGAUGUAGUUCCUGUGAAAGAUAUCAGAAAUCUUAACGUCACCUUUCCUAUUCCAGACAUCAACCCAUACUAUGACUCUAAGCCUGGCCACUAUCUUGGUCAUUUAAUUGGACAUGAGGGUCCAGGCAGUUUACUAUCGGAAUUGAAAAGUAAAGGCUGGGUCAACACGCUAUGUGGAGGCCAGAAAGAUGGUGCAAAGGGCUUUAUGUUCUUUAUCAUCAACGUUGAUCUAACUGAAGAAGGACUUGACCUGUCUGCUGCCUUUGACACAAUCGACCGUGACAUCCUUCUUGCACGGCUAGCAGAUAUGGGCAUAUGUGAUCUCGCCUGGCAAUGGCUAGCUUCAUAUCUCACGAACAGACAUCAGUCAAUUGUCAUUAAUGGUCAUUCAUCUAAAGAAACAACUCUUCAUUAUGGAGUUCCCCAUAGAUCAGAUAACAUUUCAGCUGCCAUAUUCCAAAUUGAAAAUUGCCUAUUUGACAUCAAGGCUUGGAUGGUUAACAACAAACUACAGCUAAAUGAUGGCAAAGAUAUUGCUAAUCCAAACCCCUUGCAUGGUAUCAACAUUGGAUCAACACUCGUUAAACCAGUUAAAGCAGCUCACAACAUUGGUUUCAUCUUUGAUAAUUCACUUCAGUUCAUUUCUUUACUACUGUUUUUAAAUACCUACUUUUCACCAUCACUUCAUUUUACCAUUGUAAUUAUGGUGCUCGCCAUUCUACCUUGUAGCUUUGCUACCUCUACAUUUACUAAUGUAUCUACCAAUAGAGCUGAACACUGGGCAGGGGCACUGUGUUGGGAUAACACUGCGUGUGGGGGGCACUGUGUGUGGGGAAGAACACUGGGGGGCACUGUGGAAGGAGACUGUGUGUGGGACUUUCCAAUUCCAGAAGUACUGAGUAGUGGGUACCUGAUAAAGGAGUUCAGACCUGAUCUGAUUGAAAUGUUGAUGAAUCAAUUGGUACCUGAUAGAAUAAGAAUUGCUGUUAUAUCGCAGUCAUUUCAAGGCAAGACUACACACCAGGAAAGAUGGUAUGGAACAGAAUACAAAAUCACAGAAAUACCAGAAGACACUUUACAGCGAUGGAGAAAUGCAGGAUUCAAUGAUAAAUUUACUCUGCCACCAAGAAAUGAAUUCAUCCCAACAAAAUUUGAGAUCACACCCAGGGAAGAAGAGACCGCACCAUUCCCAGUACUGAUCAAGGACACUUCAAUGACUAAACUGUGGUUCAAACAGGAUGAUACUUUUCUGCUUCCAAAGGCUUGUAUGCUCUUUGAAUUCACAAGCUGCGAAUCAAACAAGACACCUCAGUUUCUAGCACUUGACGAAGCACUAACCAAUUCUUCACCAAUUGCGAUACUAGACAAAGGACACUAG